AUGUUUAUCAAGAGUGCUGCUUCGGCAGGGCUUCUGCUUGCCCUGGCCAACUAUGCCUCUGCAAGCCCCGUGCUCGCAAGGAGGGCCGCUGCCACUGCUCCCGCAGCCGCGGACAACGUCGUGUUGACGCCUGAUACGCCCGCGGGUAACGAUGGCUCGAAUCUGUCGCUGAAGACGGUGCAGAGCUACCUCUGGUCGCACCAAGACUCCGGCAUCGUCGCCAACAUGACGCUCACGGCCGCGAGCGGCUUCCGCCUGCUGACGGCCAUCAACAUGCAAGACGUCGUCGAGUCCGUCGACUGCGCCACCGAGGACAUCACCAUCAAGUUCGGCAGCGCCGCCUCCCUGCAGGCCGCCCAGCAGGCCUGGCAAUGGGUCGACGCGAGCCCGGCCAACAAGAUCAUCUACGUCGCCGAGGGCCAGGCCUGCGCGGGCGCCAAGGGCCGCCAGCCCUUCUCCGUCGAGUCCAUCAGCUACGACGCCGCGGCCAACACGGCGCUCAUGGCGGCCUCGCUGGCCAAGUGGAAGGACUUUGCCGAGGACGCGAGCAUCCGCAUCGCCGGCAGCAGUGGUAGUACUACGUCAAAGAGGAGGUCGGUGAGCAAGGACGUGACGAUUGACAUUUCGCACGACUUCUCGGGCCCCAUCUACAGCACGGCCAUCGACGGCAUCAACGUCGCGCUCAACUGCGACAGCUGCGCGACGCGUGGCGCCGCCGACGCGGACAUUACGCUGUCCCUGAGCGACGGCUUCUCCGCGUCGGUGCGCACGGUGAACAACUUCGGCGCCGACGUGGACGUCAGCCUGACGGCGUCGGGCGCCCUCACGAGCCCGCUGUCGUUCAGCGUCCCGAUCGCGACGGUCCCGCUGGCCGGCUUCUCGAUUGCGGACGUCGUCGACAUCGGCCCGCAGCUCAGCAUCGUCGCCAACGCCUCCGUCUCCGCCAUCAGCGGCUCGGCGACGGCCUCGCUGGGCGUCUCGGCGAGCCUGCCCGACGGCUCGGGCUUCACGCUCGGCCAGUCGGCGGACAUCCAGCCCAGCGUCCAGACGACCCAGCUGAGUGCCACGGGCUCCGUCUCCGUCACCGCAAAGGUCGCCCCCGUCUUCACGCUGGAGCUCGCCGCGACCUUCCUGGACGAGGGCGUCGUCGGGGGCGUCGCCCUCCAGGCGCCUGUCCUGACCGCCGACUUUGAGGGCUCGGCGAGCACGGCUGGCGUCGCGGCUUGCGGGAACAGCCCGGGCGAGGUUUCGCUCUCGCUGGACGUUGGUGUUGAGCUGGAUGGCUUUGCGGGCUUUGGAGGGUCGGGAGAUAGGCCGAACCAGGCGACUGUCUUCCAGAAGGAUGCGCAGGUUUUCAACUCUUGCUUGGCUGUGUAA